AUGAAAACCCUUUUCCACACUAUCCUCACAUUGUUAUUCUUUGAAGCCAUAUCUCAUACUCUGCCUCCUCUCGCAAGUUCUUUUCCGAUUUCUCCUAAUUUUCCGGCGGUUUUUAACUUCGGAGACUCUAAUUCCGAUACCGGAGAACUCGGCUCCGGUCUUGGAUUCCGUCUCCAACCUUCUUAUGGACAAUCCUACUUCUUCAAUCCUCCAUCUUCCGGAAGAUUUUGUAAUGGACGUCUCAUCGUCGAUUUUCUAAUGGAAGCAAUUGAUCGGCCAUAUUUGAGGCCUUACUUGGAUUCGAUAAGCACACAAAGUUACCGAAGAGGCUGCGAUUUUGCGGCGGGUGGAUCAACGAUUCAGAAAGCAAAUGGUGCAUCCAUUAGUCCCUUUAGUUUUGGUGUUCAAGUCUCUCAAUUCAUCACCUUCAAAUAUAAAGUCCUUCAAUUGAUACAACAAGAUGAAGACCUUGAAAGAUAUUUACCGUCGGGAUAUUUUUUCAAAAAUGGAUUGUAUAUGUUUGAUAUCGGACAAAAUGAUCUUGCCGGAGCAUUUUACAGCAAGACCUUAGAUCAAGUCUUUGCUCUGAUUCCUACAAUCUUAGAUAUAUUUCAAGAUGGAAUAAAGAGAUUAUACGUAGAAGGAGCAAGAAACUUUUGGAUACACAACACAGGACCACUUGGGUGCUUAGCUCAGGCUGUCUCACUAUUUGGGAGAGACAAAUCAAAACUUGAUGAGUUUGGUUGUGUUAGUGACCAUAACCAAGCUGCUAAGCUCUUCAAUUUACAACUUCAUGGUCUUUUCAAAAAACUCCCUCAACUAUAUCAUGAUUCUCGUUUCACAUAUGUAGAUAUUUUCGCCAUCAAAUCCGACCUCAUCUUCAAUCAUUCCAAUUAUGGUUUCGAUCAUUCGAUAAUGGUAUGUUGUGGAACCGGAGGACCUCCACUGAACUACAAUGAUAAGGUUAAUUGCGGUUCUACAGCGAACUUGAAUGGUACGAUAAUUACAGCCAAACCUUGUAAUGAUAGUUCCAAAUACGUUAAUUGGGAUGGAAUUCAUUACACCGAAGCUGCAAAUCGUUUUGUUGCACUGCACAUUCUCACUGGUAAAUAUUCCGAGACCGCGUCGUUUUGGAACCUUUAG